UACGGUUAAUCGGGAUUGACAAGCUAAGGGUAGUUGCGCAUGCGCAGAUGGCGCUGACAGAGGAAACAGCCGGGGAGUAGUCAAAUAGUCUACGACGAGAGAAAGAGAGAGGAAACCCCACAGAGGACCAAACAACCCGGGUUCAGCUGGGCUUUCUCCCCCUACAAACAACUAUGCUCGUCUCGCCGCUGUCGCUUCCCCUCAGGUGUCCGCUUCCCGGUCGCUGAAUGGCGCUGGUUACCGUGCAGCGUUCACCGACCCCCAGCACCAGCUCCAGCCCCUGCGUUUCGGAGUCCGGUAGUGGGGAGGAUGACCGUCGCUCUCAGCCGAGGAGCAUCAGUGAAAGUUUCCUGACAGUUAAAGGAGCUGCUCUAUUCUUACCUCGAGGAAAUGGCUCCUCCCCUUCUUCUGCCUCUCGCUUCUCACAGCUGCGCAGCAAACAUGCAGGAGACAUCCAGCAGCAUCUACAAACCAUGUUCACGCUCCUCAGACCAGAGGACAACAUCAAACUGGCGGUUCGAUUGGAGAGUGCCCACUCUCAGAUCACCCGCUACAUGGUGGUGGUCUCAACCAAUGGUCGUCAGGACACGGAGGAGAGCGUAGUGCUGGGAAUGGACUUCAGUCCUGUAGAUAGCUCAUGUUCUGUAGGGCUGGUUUUGCCCUUAUGGAGCGACACAUUGAUACAUCUGGACGGAGAUGGGGGUUUCAGUGUGUCAACUGAUAGCAGAAUACAUGUUUUCAAGCCUGUUUCUGUGCAGGCUAUGUGGUCGGCCCUCCAGUCACUCCAUAAAGCAUGCGAGGUGGCUCGUUGUCACAACUAUUUCCCAGGCAGCUUGUUCCUCACGUGGGUCAGCUACUAUCAAAGUAGGGUCUGCUCCGACCAGGUACGCAUCAAUGAGUGGAAUGCAAUGCAGGACGUGCAGUCACACCGUGCAGAUUCGCCUGUGCUUUUCUCUGACAUACCUACGGAAAGAGAGCUGACAGAGCGUCAGAUCAAAACCAGUUUGAAGGAGAUUAUGAUGCAGAAAGACCUUGAGAAUGUCACCUGCAAAGAGAUCCGAACAGAGCUGGAAAUGCACAUGACAUGCAACCUGCGAGAGUUCAAGGAGUUCAUCGACAAUGAGAUGAUUGUCAUUCUGGGCCAGAUGGACAGUCCUACAGAGAUCUUUGAUCAUGUCUUCUUGGGAUCUGAGUGGAAUGCAUCUAAUUUGGAGGAGUUGCAGAAUAGCGGGGUUCAGUACAUCCUGAAUGUAACGAGGGAGAUUGAUAAUUUCUUUCCUGGAGUGUUUGAGUACCACAACAUCCGUGUUUACGAUGAAGAGGCCACUGACCUGCUUGCUUAUUGGAAUGACACCUACAAGUUCAUAUCUAGAGCCAAGAAAGCUGGAUCCAAGUGCCUGGUGCACUGUAAAAUGGGUAUAAGUCGUUCUGCAGCCACAGUGAUUGCAUACGCCAUGAAGGAGCACGGCUGGGAUUUGAAAAAGGCCUUUGAUUACGUGAAGGAGCGUCGAGCUGUGACCAAACCAAACCCCUCUUUUAUGAGACAACUGGAGGAGUAUCAGGGCAUACUGCUGGCCAGCAAGCAGAGGCACAACAAACUGUGGCGUUCUCACUCUGACAGCGACCUGUCUGACCACCAUGAGCCUCUGUCUAAAUCUUACGCCCAACCGCACAGCCUGGGUCACUCUGACCCCCACAACCAGGCCAGCAGCACACCUAGUCCCUCUGUGAAAGAACUGCUGCAAUCACGGGGAACUUCAGCCAGCACUGGCAAACCGACACACUCCACUAGCCAGCCUGAUACUGGCAUCCAGUCCAAUCAAUUCAGCUCUUCUUCCUCCGAGAGGGUGGCAGCUCUAUCAGCUGAUGACGAAGCUAGAAGUCUCGUGGCCCCUUCUCAUUCUGCGGUAGUCCAGAUCAACCAGUUGGACUCCCCAUGUCCCGAGCUGACCGCUGGCUCAGUUUCUCAAUUAUCUCCCCCAUUGUCCAACGGCUUAUGUGACUCAGAGGAACAUCCCUCAUCACCUCCUCUCUCCCAGCCAAGGGCUGCCACUGUGGUGCCUGAGCUUCAAAAGACAGACAUGGUGACUGUUGCACAGAGUGUUUUAGUGGGCCAGCCUCACCCACCUCCAUUCUUUCACCACCUCCCCCUCUCCCCUGCUCCAUCCCCAACUCCAGCCUGCAUGGAUGAGGUUAUCAAACCACAGGUGUUGUCCUGUUCUCUGCCUGUGAUAAAACCGAUGCUAGUGUCAGUGCCUGGGCCCAUGACAACACAAACACCAAGCACACAACAGGCUGGACCCCAGUGUCUGGCUGCACCAGUGCCUGUCAAAAAAACAGACUGUGACCAACAGAUGUGUGGCUUGUCUUUAGACGAUUUAGCGGCCCAUCCUCCCUCCACUACUGACUCUAUCAACUACCCCGGUGCCAUUUCACAAGACAACGAGGUGUUGUUCGGCCACAGUGCAGAUCACAUUAAUUUCUUUAGUGCCAGGGAGAAAUUCAAGGGAAUGAGUCAAGAUGGUAAAAGCUGCCAGCUGAAGAGUUGUGGCAAGGAACAGCAACCACUGCCUCAAGAGGUCUCCACUAGUGAGGGGAAGGAGGAGGAGAAAAGAAAGGAAAUUAUCAUCCCUGUGCAGGUCACAGGACUGAAGGAUGCCGUACACAUAGAUGUUUCACAUGGUGACCCUCUUAGCCAACCAGAGCCUCAGAGCCCCCAGGACCAGGAAGCAAGGAAGUCGAGGCAGGAAAUAGAGGAUGGCGAUGUUUCAUCACAGAAGGAAGCUGAGAAUGUUAAAGAGGAAGUGAAAAACAAUGAAGAGGAGGAGACCACUUCUGCUCGUCUCUACAACGAUUGGACGAGGGGAUCUGUGCGGCGUGUCACACGACAGCUUGAGCAAAGAAUGAAACAGGAGCACGAGACUCCGGUACCCUCGUCAUCUCCACCGUCCCUAUCAAGCAGCUCCUCUUGUUCUCAGCGCCGUCCACCCAGUGUACAUCCUGCGACAAUGUCUAAUCCCCAGGAUGCACCAGUUAGAUCGCAGUCAGUUAGCAGCGUGCAGGAAGAGCUGGAGGAGGAGAAUGAGAGGGUUGGACCAGUUGAAAGGGAGAGUGGUGAUGUAGUUGAGAUGGGGGCAAAUAAUGACAGAAGCACUAAAGGACACAAACUCCAGCCUGCUGAUAUUAGAUUGCUCUCUACCUCUUCUCCUUUCCACCGCUCCUCCCAUUCUCCCUUUGCCUCUGUGAACUUCCUGUGUUUAGAGGGCGUGACAGAGCUUGAGUCAUGCACAGACUGGGACUGCUCCACAGCGGUACCCCAUAGUGACAUUAUCAUGAGGGAGACAUGGGAGACUUUGUGCGAGCUGGGUGCCUUCCUGCAGCAGGUGAGCAUGGGCGGAGCCUGCAAGGCCAGGUGUGUGGACCAGGUUUUUGGCCGCAGUGCUACAGCUACCCAAAAGCGAGUUAGCGGUGUCCAUAAGAGGGUCAGAGAGGUGGAAGCCAGGAUUCGCCAGGCAGGACUGACCCCUCCAUCCCUGUUGAAGCGCUCAGCCUCUCUGGCCAAACUGGGCUGUCUGGAGCUGCUCGCCAAUGACCUGAGUGAAUGGGAGCUCAGCCGCUCCUCUGUAGCGCCGUCCUCAGUAGAACCUCCAAUCCAUGCAGUUAGCGAUGAGUCCAAGAAGCAGCGGGUCCACAACUCUCCUUCCUUAGACACCCAGCAGCCAGAGGACUUCGGGAUUGGUGCAGAGAGUCUCACUGAAGCAGGAGAACCUUCAACACCUCCGCCAUCUCCACCGUCAAAUCAGAAUCCACAAGCAGCACAACUCCCCUACUCUAACCAAGAUUCUCUGCAUCUUCCUGGGCUGACACUUAUGACAACAAGGCAGCAAUAUGGAAGGACUCAUCCCCUGAGGAGGCUUAAGAAAAGAACUGCUAGUACCCUUUACCACACCAUGUAACCCUCACUGUGCGUGUGUGUGUGUGUGUGCGUGAGAGAGAGAGAGAGGAUCAUGUACUCCUGGGGGAAGUGGAAAUUAAUGCAUAUGUUAAAUUUAUUCAGCAAAACAAACCAAUGCCUCUUGCCUUAAAAGAUAUGUUAAGUACUUUCUGUACAUUCCCCCCCCCCGCAGAUCUGACAAGAGCCGCUGUAAAAUCUGCGAUAUGAGAUACUUGUCUCAGUGCAAGAACAGUGAAAAGGCUAUGAAGGCUUUAGUCAAUUGAAACUAAAACUAUGAGUGAGAUUGGAAGAAAUGCUGUGUGGUAUCAACACUUUCAGAAGACAUUCAAAAAGCAAAAACAAUCAUCCAAAUGAAUGUGGGUAAUGUUUAUAUGCCUGAGCCUGCACAUAUUCACUCUUUACAUCAUUGCUGGUUUCUCCGACAUCAACUUGAUAUUUACUUGAUCGCUGUUGGUUGAUUGAAUAGUCUGACCUGAUUUAAGGUGGAAUGUGCCUCUGUUUUCCUCUUCUCAUGUGCUUUCAUGUCUCUUCAUCAAUAUUUGCUGGUUGGGUAGGUAACAAGAAAAUGAUACAGCUGUUCUGGUACAGUCUAACAGGUAAAUUAAUUCAAUACUAAAACAGACUUCUCAGAUCAAUUUAAUACAAUUUAUUUGGCAGAACAAUUUGAAAUACUGACAAAUUAUACCAAUCAAAGUCAACUCUGCAGUCCAGAGACUUAUUUUAAAGAUCGUUUGUGCUAGCAGCAGUGCAUCUAAAUAUACAAGCUCAGGUUGAACCACAAACGCCACAGAUUAGUGUUUUUCCCCCAAAGAAAGGUGUAUCCAGAGCUGUUGACAGGAUAGCUGCAUAGUUGUACAGUGGUUUAUUCAAUCAAAAUGCAAAGAGAAGAGGCCUGCUGGGUUUUUUUUUAUGUUUGUUUAGACUACACAAUACCUCAGUCAGUCUGAACCAAAUCUGACCUGCACAAGCGUUGGGCUCUGGAUUUCUGGAUUGUCAAGUCAAUAACAAUUUCAUCUUUUACUACACGAUAAACUGAAGUAAACUCAUCUCUCUCGUGUACUCUCGCAGUUCUGAUGCCACUCAAGUAGACAUUUUCUGUAUGUAUUGCUGUGCGGGAGAAAGGGGGUAGGUUAGGGGAUUGGGAGUUGAAGGCAGAGUGUAUAUUUGUGAGUUUUCUGCCACUUUCGCUUUGGGAUGUAAAGGUCUAUAUUGUGAGUGUUGACAUUUUAGGAACUGUACCUGUUUUUAUAUCUGGUUUGUGUCCGUGUGUGAGUACGACUGUAGCACAACAUUACCACGUGGGUGUAUACUUUUUUUUUUAAUCGAUCGUUCUCUUUUGUACACAUUUUUAGGAGUGUGCCUGUGGCUGGCAAGUGAAGCUUCUCUGCAGUCUAUCAGAAAUGUCUGUACAGGGAGGUCUGUCAUACAUGCACUUUACUCCCUUUUUAAUUUUUAAUGUGGCUUUUUUUUUAAUGUAUGGUUGCUACUUUGGGGGAGCAUGCUUAGGUUGUAGCAGCUGUUGGGUAUGUGUGUUUAUUGUCAAAAACUGAUUUUGUUGUUUUAUUUUAAACUAUCAUUGUAAAUAGUCUUUUAUAUCAUGUGCUUCAACUGUGACCAUUAAACAAUGGAAAUUA